CCGUGCCCCGCCUCGCCCUGCAGCCUGGCCGGCGGGAGGGAUGCGCCGUGCCGCCCUGCUCCCCUCCGCCCGGCCCGUGCCCUGAAGCAGAAAGUUUGGGGGACCCCCCUCCAGUGACUGCCCAAGGACUCCUGCUGCCCAGCCUCGAUGGUAACCUGCCUUCGCUCCCCAGGUCGGAAUGAAUGAUUCCGAGGCACCCCCUCCUCGCCCCCCCUCGUCCGCCUUUAAGAAAAACAAUUGUGAUUAUUUUUGAUUCAAGAAAUCGUGGUCUGCCCCCGCCCCGCUCCUUGUUAAGAGUCGAAGACCCCAGGCCUCAUUUCUGAGUGGAAGGAGGGGUGCGAUCUCCCCCCAAGACAGCGCGCUAGAAGGACAGAUUCCCCUUGCCGACCCACAUACACCAUGCAAAGGUGCAAAUCGGACGAGCUGCAGUCGCCGCGGGGCGAGGAGGAUGGAGCGGGGCCGGACGAGGCGGGCGGACACCUGCCGGGCGCCGACCCCCGGCCCGGGGAGGCCUCGGGCGCCAACUCCGCGGGCGGCCCAACUUCAGAGGCCGCCCCUGCGGCGCCACCCAACCCGGGUCCCCGAAGCAAACCUCCCGAUUUAAAGAAAAUCCAGCAGCUCUCAGAGGGCUCCAUGUUUGGCCACGGACUGAAGCACCUGUUCCACAGCCGCCGCCGGUCUCGGGAGAGGGAGCACCAGGCGUAUCCGGAUUCCCAGCCUCCGCCCCAGCAGCAGGGCAUGUCCGACCAUGACUCCCCGGAUGAGAAGGAGCGCUCCCCAGAGAUGCACCGUGUCUCCUACGCCAUGUCCCUGCACGACCUGCCGGCGCGGCCCACCGCCUUCAACCGCGUGCUGCAGCAGAUCCGCUCCCGGCCCUCCAUCAAGAGGGGUGCCAGCCUGCACAGCAGCGGAGGGGGCAGCGGCAGCGGGAGCAGCAGCCGGCGCACCAAGAGCAGCUCCCUGGAGCCCCAGCGUGGCAGUCCCCACCUGCUGCGCAAGGCCCCCCAGGAGAGCAGCCUGGCAGCCAUCCUGCACCAGCACCAGUGCCGGCCCCGCUCCUCCUCCACCACCGACACUGCCCUGCUGCUGGCUGAUGGUAGCAACGUGUACCUCCUGGCCGAGGAGGCCGAAGGCAUCGGGGACAAGGGUGACAAAGGUGACCUGGCGGCCCUGAGCCUCCCUUCCGGCCCUGGCCAUGGUGACAGCGAUGGCCCCAUCAGCCUGGACGUGCCCGACGGGGCGCCGGACCCGCAGCGCACCAAGGCCGCCAUCGAUCACCUGCACCAGAAGAUCCUGAAGAUCACCGAGCAGAUCAAGAUCGAGCAGGAGGCGCGGGACGACAACGUGGCGGAGUACCUGAAGCUGGCCAACAACGCGGACAAGCAGCAGGUGUCGCGCAUCAAGCAGGUGUUCGAGAAGAAGAACCAGAAGUCGGCCCAGACCAUCGCCCAGCUGCACAAGAAGCUGGAGCACUACCGGCGGCGCCUGCGGGAGAUCGAGCAGAACGGGCCGUCCCGGCAGCCCAAGGACGUGCUGCGGGACGUGCAGCAGGGGCUCAAGGACGUGGGCGCCAACGUGCGCGCGGGCAUUAGCGGCUUCGGCGGCGGCGUGGUGGAGGGCGUCAAGGGCAGCCUGUCGGGCCUGUCGCAGGCCACGCACUCGGCCGUGGUGUCCAAGCCCCGCGAGUUCGCCAGCCUCAUCCGCAACAAGUUCGGCAGCGCGGACAACAUCGCGCACCUGAAGGACCCCCUGGAGGACGCGGGGCCCGAGGAGGCGGCGCGCGCGCUCAGCGGCAGCGCCACGCUCGUGUCCAGCCCCAAGUACGGCAGCGACGACGAGUGCUCCAGCGCCAGCGCCAGCUCGGCCGGCGCGGGCAGCAACUCGGGCGCCGCGGGGCCGGCGGGCGCGCUGGGCAGCCCUCGCGCCAACGCGCUGUACGGCGCCCCCGGGAACCUGGACGCCCUGCUGGAGGAGCUGCGGGAGAUCAAGGAGGGCCAGUCCCACCUGGAGGACUCCAUGGAGGACCUGAAGACCCAGCUGCAGAGGGAUUACUCCUACAUGACCCAGUGCCUGCAGGAGGAGCGCUACAGGUACGAGCGGCUGGAGGAGCAGCUCAACGACCUGACUGAGCUUCACCAGAAUGAGAUGACCAACCUGAAGCAGGAGCUGGCCAGCAUGGAGGAGAAGGUAGCCUACCAGUCCUACGAGAGGGCACGGGACAUCCAGGAGGCUGUGGAGUCCUGCCUGACGAGAGUCACCAAGCUGGAGCUGCAGCAGCAGCAGCAGCAAGUGGUGCAGCUGGAGGGCGUGGAGAACGCCAACGCGCGGGCGCUGCUGGGCAAGUUCAUCAACGUGAUCCUGGCGCUCAUGGCUGUGCUGCUGGUGUUCGUGUCCACCAUCGCCAACUUCAUCACGCCCCUCAUGAAGACGCGCCUGCGCAUCACCAGCACCGCCCUCCUGGUCCUCGUCCUCUUCCUGCUCUGGAAGCACUGGGACAUCCUCACCUACCUCCUGGAGCACGUGCUGCUGCCCAGCUGAGCAGCCGGCCCCA